GCGCAGCAACAUGACAGAGGAGGAGAGCGGUGCGCACUGACAGACUCUCCGAGAGUUCGGGGAUGGUUCCGGGGUUCGGAUGUGAGCUCAGCUCGUGGUAGGAUGGCCGCUCCUCUGGCUCUGAUGACCGAGGCAUGGCAGCGUUUCACCCCCACCAGCACCAGCGCCUCCACCCUCCGAGCGCGGAGCUGCGGCGGCUCUUCCACCGCCUCACCAUCGCCUCCUCUCUGAGCAUCCUCUGCUUCUCUCUGGUCUAUCUCUUCGCCGGAUGCUGCGAGUCGGAGCUCGCGGACAACUCGGACGCCUCCACGCGCGCUCUUCUGGCGGCCGGGUCGGGAUGGCCGUACGAGAGGAACGGGACGCGCGCGGCUGGAGAGGCUGGACAUCCCGGACUGGAGGGCAACAGCUCGGGGAAGGAGUGGACGGCCACGCGCAGGCUGCCGCAGGCUCUGAUUAUUGGGGUUAAAAAGGGGGGCACCCGGGCUCUGCUGGAGUUCCUGAGGCUCCAUCCGGAUAUCCGGGCCCUGGGCUCCGAGCCGCACUUCUUUGAUCGGCAUUACGCACGAGGUCUGGACUGGUACAGAACGAUGAUGCCCAAAGCCCUUGAAGGCCAGAUCGUCAUGGAGAAAACGCCUCGUUACUUUGUUACAGUGGACACGCCGCCACGAAUCCACGCUAUGUCACGAGAUGUGAAGCUGAUUGUGGUUGUCCGUGAUCCAGUGACUCGAGCCAUAUCUGAUUACACGCAGAUCAUCUCAAAGACCCCAGACAUCCCUUCGUUUGAGAGCCUAGCCUUCAGGAACCACACCACAGGUCAGAUUGAUUCAUCGUGGAGUCCGCUGUGGAUCGGUUUGUACGCCCAGCACAUGGAGCGUUGGCUGACGUGGUUCCCAAGGACUCAGAUUCACCUGGUCAGUGGGGAGAGGCUCAUCUCAGACCCGGCUGGAGAACUGGGCAAAGUCCAGGACUUCCUGGGCCUUCAGAGGAUAGUCACGGACAAGCACUUCUACUUCAACAAAACCAAAGGCUUCCCUUGCUUGAAGAAGCCGGAGGGCAGCAGUAAACCUCACUGCCUGGGAAAGACGAAAGGGAGGACACACAUCUCCAUAGACCCGGAAGUCAUCCAGAAACUUAGGGAAUUCUACAAACCUCACAACCAGCGCUUUUAUCAAAUGGUAGGACAGGAUUUUGGAUGGCAGUGAUCCUUAAGGCUGCGUGGACUUCAAAGCUUAAGGUACAAAGCUACUGUCUGACUGAGACCAAACAGAUCAGCGUGCACAAAAGAGAGCCAUUCACGUGCCUCUGACCAGCCAAGGAGCAUCUCAGAGACUCGAUACUGAACUCCUGUAUCAGAACAUGCAAGUCUGUUGGUCAGUCAAUCAUUUUCAAUGAAGGUGAUGUUCAGACGUUGUGACCAAACAAAGCAUUGGUGAAGAAGUUGCAAAUAGAGUGGAUUUGCUUUAAGGUUGUGGCUUCUUAGAUGUUGAACAGUCAAAUCAGUGUAUUGUCUUUGUUUGGAAAUUCAAACCUGACUCCAGAUCAGCUGUAGUUGGACAACAACAGGUAAAACAUUUCUGAUUUGAUUCCACAUGCUCACUCUUGAGCCUGAGUUUAAGAAUUUAAAAGCAAUCAGUCCAUUUAUAUUGGGAAGUGUCCUGCAACCGUUGUUUCCAAAAAGUGGGGGAUGAAUCUUUAAUGUGGCGAGCAGAGGAGGGGUGAGGGAGAAAAGGUUUGCAUGAGCUCAGAUGUGGCUGAGUGGUUUGUAUUCUUGAAUAAUGAAUGUGGUUAAAUGGAUGUAGAAGGAACUGAUGUGGAUCACUUGGCUCAUUUGUAUGCUCUGCUUAGGUUAGCACCCCCCACCCCCCACCCUAAAAUCAGCCUACUGUGCUGCACUUUGAGGAACGUAAUGGGACCGCUGGAGGACGACCGAAACUGGACCAAAACUGAAAAUCAAUACGGGAAAGUUCAGCCGAUCACUAGCCAUACCUGUGAAUGUGAUGCAUGAAGCGUCCUG